AGGGCGGCGCGAGGGAGGGAGCGAGGGACGGGAAAGGCGAGCGAGCUGCCUCAAAUGCCUGGAAUAAUUCCGCUUCCGUUUGGAAAGCCGCAGCCUCAGUCCCGCCGCCGCCCGCCGCGGCCGCCCAGCUCCAGCUCCGCGUCCCGCCGCCAUGGCCACAUCCCCGCAGAAGUCGCCCUCGGUCCCCAAAUCUCCCACCCCCAAGUCGCCUCCGUCCCGCAAGAAGGAUGACUCGUUCUUGGGGAAACUCGGAGGGACGCUGGCCCGGAGGAAGAAAGCCAAGGAAGUAUCCGAGUUCCAGGAGGAAGGAAUGAACGCCAUCAACCUGCCCCUCAGCCCCAUCCCCUUCGAGCUGGACCCUGAGGACACCAUGCUGGAGGAGAAUGAAGUGCGGACGAUGGUGGAUCCAAACUCACGCAGUGAUCCCAAGCUUCAAGAGCUGAUGAAGGUGCUCAUCGACUGGAUCAAUGACGUGCUGGUGGGGGAGAGAAUCAUUGUGAAGGAUCUGGCUGAAGAUCUCUAUGAUGGCCAAGUGCUGCAGAAGCUCUUCGAGAAACUGGAGAGUGAGAAGCUCAAUGUGGCAGAGGUUACCCAGUCGGAGAUCGCCCAGAAGCAGAAGCUGCAGACGGUGCUGGAGAAGAUCAACGAGACCCUGAAGCUUCCUCCCAGGAGCAUCAAGUGGAGCGUUGACUCGGUUCACGCCAAGAGCCUGGUUGCCAUCCUCCACCUGCUCGUUGCUCUGUCCCAGUAUUUCCGGGCACCAAUCCGACUUCCAGACCAUGUUUCCAUCCAAGUGGUUGUGGUCCAGAAACGAGAAGGGAUCCUCCAGUCUCGACAAAUCCAAGAGGAAAUAACUGGUAACACAGAGGCCCUUUCCGGAAGACAUGAGCGCGAUGCCUUCGACACGCUGUUCGACCAUGCGCCCGACAAGCUCAAUGUGGUGAAGAAGACCCUCAUCACGUUCGUGAACAAGCAUCUGAAUAAACUAAACCUGGAGGUCACGGAACUUGAGACGCAGUUUGCAGAUGGGGUCUACCUGGUGCUGCUCAUGGGGCUCCUUGAGGGCUACUUCGUGCCACUGCACAGCUUCUUCCUGACCCCUGACAGCUUUGAACAGAAGGUCCUGAAUGUCUCCUUUGCCUUUGAACUCAUGCAAGAUGGAGGGCUGGAAAAGCCUAAGCCUAGGCCAGAAGACAUUGUCAACUGUGACCUGAAGUCCACGCUGCGAGUGCUUUACAACCUCUUCACCAAGUACCGGAACGUGGAGUGAGGAUCUGGGCUGCCUCCUGCUGCCUGGCCAGCUCUCGUGCAGGCCAUCUGGACCAGCUUCCCAACUGCCUUGCCCUGCUCGCUCCUGUCUCUUGCUCUGCGCUCUCCCACAAGCCCAGUGACCACCCAGACAUAGUGGACGUUAAAAUCAGUAAGGAAGUGUCCACUAAGAACAUCUGAAGGCCCUGGGGACUGAACCAGGAGUGACUUGGGAAAUUGUCCCCAUCCAAAUCCAGGCCCCAGAUGAUCCUACAUUUUCUGUGGGAAUCAGGACAGCCUAGAGACAGUCCUCCAGAGCAUAGAAAUAAAGAUCAGAGCUAAUCCCCGCACCAAGAGAGUGAGGUACGUCUCUACUAUGCUCAAGCUCAUAGCUUCACGCCCCCAUUAAAGGAGAUAUAUGGAUGAGGAAACUGAGGCCCAGUGAUGCAAAGGCUUGCUACCGAUUAGCAGCUGCUUUCCCUCUCUGGGUAACUUGCGGGUUAAUACCUGGUCGACUGCAUUCCAUUCUGUGUGUGUCCUCACGUGUGUACACCCCCUUGCAGAGCAGCCUUAACCUGCACACACCUGCAACCUCUAGCAGAGAAGACACUCUGAUCUCAGCCUAGGGCACACCAGGUCAGGGCUGGGUGAUUUCAAACUAAAAUUGCCAAAUUGAAUUUAGCUCAAUUAAUAGUGUGUGUGUGUGUGUGUGUGUGUGUGUGUGUGUGUGUAGCAGGAGCCUCGUCCCUCAAAUCCUUUGUACAGAUGAAAAUUACCCUUAAUUCCUUCAGAUUGGUAAUAAGCCCACGCUCCGGUUGCAGGAUGACAUUUGGGAAGGGUUCUGUUCGGAAUUAAUAGAGUGCCCAUUUUGCAGCCUUUUUGCUUGAUUGCAUGUAAUGGAUGUGCCCUAUAUUUUCCUGCAAAAUAAGUACGCAAUUCAUUAUCGUUAGGCAAAUGUAGGGUAUAGUUGCACAUAGCAGAGAGCUGGGCACAGACCCAUUGGAGCAUCGCCUGAGAAGUAGGGCUUGUCAACAGGGACCCUUGAACUUUAAAAAAAAAAAAAAAGACCGCCUUUUUGCCUUCUAAUUGGUCAUUUAGACCAUUCUGGCUAAGUCUGCCCCCACGCAAUUACUGGCUAAUUCUAGGCGUGGAAAAUGUCAGCCAUUUAAACCAAAGCUCAGCAUCUCGUCUCCUCACUCCCAUAUCUCUUCACUCAGACCCGACUUUGAAGGGUAGAGUUGUGCUGUAGCAGUCUGCACUGAGGCCCUGCAGAGAAAGCAAAGAGGCUGGUGGAUAGAGAGAGGGUCAGAACUAAGGGAACAAAAAAGUUGGGGUGGGGAGCUAGAAUCCAGAGCUGCGGGUACGGUACCUAACUCUCGUGCCUUUAACUGAGAAGGCCUUGGGAUCAUGAACUGUGCCACUGCUGUCUUCUCACGACUCUCACAGUGUGACAGGGAGAUGCCAGCUUGGGUUGCCUCCUCCAGAAGUGUCUAACUACCUUGUCCUUGUCUUAGCUACAUCUCUCACUGGAACAAAAUCUUCUGAUAAAAGCAACUUCAGGGAAGAAGGGCCUAUUUCGGCUCAUGGUAUAAAGGCACACAGCCUGUCAUGGAGGGCAAAGCAUGGCAGCAGGAGACGCCAUGGCAGCCAGGACCCCUCACCUCACAUGUUGUCAGAGCGAGGAGAGAACACACAAGGAGUGGGGCUGAGUUAUCAGACCCCAAGGCCCUUCUCCAGCGAGGCUCCACCUUUUGAAGGUCUCACAAUUUUUCACAACAGUGCCACCAGCUGAGGACCAAGUGUUCAAAAUGAGACACUUCCCACGUGCCAACUGAAACAUCUGGUGAAGCCCUCCAUAAUUUGAGGAUUCACUAAGAUGGCUUCCUAGACUCUGGCCUCCCUGCUGUCCACGGCGUUCCCAGCGUGCUCUUGUCUCUUUUUGUACUGACCAUCCAGGGCAGCUCAGAACCCAGAGUGUUUAGAUCCACUGUGCCUCUCCCCAACUCUUUUGUUGUAGGAAUUGUUACUCAGCACUGUGAGCAUCUAAGAUGUGAAGGCAAUGUACUGUCUAAUGUUGAUCUGUGUACAAGACCAGAAUUCUUCUUUGCAUAAUUAAUGAACUAUGGUAUUUUUUCAGUAGCAUUAUUGUUGGUCUCAUGCUCCUUUAAAUUCCUGGUAGUAAACUGAUAUGAAUGACGGCUUGGUGUCUGUGAGCAGCACUGACGUAGGACAAAGUAAGGCCUGCAUCCACUUGAACAUGCUUUGCUGCCAGGAUUGGGCCUUGUUCCUGGUACUCAAGCUGUUACUAUACAGUACUCUUCCUAAGGGCACCCCUUUGGGGUUUUAUAUUAUCUGCAGAAGGAAACCACAUCAGAACUCGGAAACUUUCUUAAUAGCGUGUCAGUGUACCCAACAACUGGGCGUCAGGAGUAAGGUCUUUGCCUCAGUCCUGCGCUCAAGGCCUAUGCCUGGUUUUAUAACCCUGUCGUCUCAUGGAGAUGGGUGUUUUCCUUUAGAUUCUAGGAUCUCGUACUUAAGACGCAGGCCUGGUUUUGAAGAAGAGACAUUGUCAAUAUUAGUAAUCAAACAGCUUUCAUCUCCUAAAAUAAAAGGGGAGGGAGAAGAAACAGACAAGAAUCAUUCUGGCUCACAGUCUGGGGAUACAGGGCCUGGGUGGGGGUGCAGGAGUGAGGCGAUUGUUGCGUCUGCAGAUGGGAAGCAGAGAGAGGUGAAGGCUGGUGCUCAGCCUACUGGCUUUUCAUUCAGUCUGGAAGUCCAGCCUAGGGAAUGGCGCCACCAUGCUCCGGUGAGUCUUUCCCCUCUCGGCUAAUCAUUGUUGUUUUUAAUAACUGAUGAAUGAGUAACACAGAACUCCAGAAACAGGAGUGAUGUGUGAUUAAAACCCUAAGUGUCCGUCUCUACCCAAUCCUUGGAGAUGACUCUCUCCAUCCAUUUCUUCUGCAUGAUUCCAGAAAGACUCUGUGCAAAUAAAGCCUGAACGUACGUGCAAAA